GGAUGUGUGUGAAAUGAGUUCACAACCACUUUUUCGCCUACGAGGCUUACCUGUUGAAACACAUUUACUAGAAGUGAGUAUUUUUAUAAAGCUCUAAAUGGCCUUGGAAUUAAACUUUUACAAAAAUAUAAAUGCAUUUAUAGUGAAGACAUUUUUUCUCAUCUUCGUCUUCAUGCCAUUGGUCGGAUUAGUUUGUUUUGCUGAAAUUUUGUUGUUGUCCUCUUAAAUUUGUCUUAACAUUUUAGUUCAGUUCAAUCUGAAAUUGUACCUGUUGAAUGUACUGAAAUUAGUCUAUUAAGCUUGUGCACAGAUAAAUAAAUAAGUAACUGACCUCCCUGUAUCAACUGAUGCAUAUUAAUUGGCUGCUAAUAUUAAUACUAGUUGAUAACUUAUCCUUUUUGCUAAAAAUUAUUGUGCAAAUAAAGCUAAUAGCAGAAUAUGUCGUGUUUUACUUAUACUCUUUCUUAUUUAAAAUUACUUGUACCAUUUUCACAUCUGCAUUUGUUCUGUAUUUUUUUAAGGCUCAAUCAAAAAGAAUUGUUCAAGGAAUUAAGGGUAAGUUGGUUAUUAUAUUGCAAAUCUAAAAUUUCUGAAAUUUUUUUAAUUGAUUUUUUAAAGCUUCAAUUGAGUUCAGAAUGAUCAUCGAGUAAUUAUUGAAUACUUACUUUAAGUGUUACAAUUACAGUGGGACCUCGGAAUCCAAGUGCCCUAGAACUCACACAACUUGGAAUCCUAACAAAAAAAAAUUCUAGCUAUUUUUGCUAGAAAGUGGAAUCCUUCUUUGGAAUCUAAUUGCCCUUCACAUUGUUAGUGUGUUUUUUUCCUGGUGACCAUUGUUUUCAAAAUCAAAACCAGGAUAUUUUUAAAAUGUAAAACCAGGACAAUUAAAAGAGGAAAAAUAAUUUUGAUUAAACUGAGAGCUCUUCUUUCAGGGAAGUAUCUUGUCAUUAGUGACACAUUUUUGUAGUUUACCACCAUGGGUUUUAAAAAAUAAACAAUUAUUUGUGAUCACACUGAGAGCUUAUUUGUCAGUAAGACUUCCUUUUUAAAAAAUAUUAUUAUGAUGCCAAUUUGGAUUAAUUAUAUUUCUUUUAGCUGUGUCAUUUAUGUAUGGCUGGAUAUCAGACAUACUCAAUCUUUUGAUGAAUAUUUUACCUUAAAAUCUAGUUUAUUAUUUAGUGUUAUUAUCAUUUUGAAAAUUUGAGUUUCUGGGACCCAUGAACUGAUUAAUAUAGUUUCUAUUAUUUUAAAGGGAAAAAACCGUUUUGGCAAUCAAACCAUUGGGAACUUGAACAGGGUUCUGCAAUGGAUUUAAAGUUCAGGUUCCGAGGCUCCACUGUAUUAUAAUUUCAGUUCUGCAGCCUUCAUAUUAUUUCAAUAUUUAUUUUAUUUAGGCUCUGCAAAUGUAAGAGAUAAGUUUAAAAUUAAUUUUAAAAAAGAUUUAUAGAGACGUAGGAUAUAUUUUUUUAUGCAUAUUGUUUGUACUAUUCUUUUUGCUUUGAAUGAAUUAACUGCUAUAUGAUAUUUUUAAGAACAAAGCCACAGUAGCAUGACGGUGGACACAUCUCUUAUUAUGCAUGAAAGUGACAACAUGUCUACACUUCAUGCAAAAUUGCACAGGGAGGCAGAUAAAAUUAGGAAAUGGAAAGUACAGAUUGAACUAGAGCUUAGAGAUAAGGUAAGUUAUUUCUCACAUUUCAGACUUUAAAUUUAACAAAAAUUGUAUAUUUUAAAAAAUUUGGAGAUGUAUCUAUUGUACAGUAAGUUAACCUAAAUUAAUUAAAAUUUUUAGAAUUUUAAAAUUCCCAUAUUUUUUAUUUAUUUUAGGAGAAAAAAUUGACAGAAGCCGCGUUGCGUAUUGAAGCCAUGAAAAAAUCAUUAUUGGAUCUCCAGGUAAGUAAAACAAAUUUUACAUAAAAAACAUAUAUGUUUCUCAACCUCUUGUGUAGGACUGAGAAUAGUUUAUUUUAAUCUGACUAAUUGACACCGGCUUAAAAAUGUGUACCCAAAUUGUCUAAAGGAGUGGUAAAUGUUAAAAUGUUCAUUAUCUUGAUAUUUUCACCAACUAUGAAUAAUACUUCCUUACAAAAGUAAAACAUUUUAUUGCCAUCAUUACUGCUGAUAGUACCCUUUGCUAUCAAUUUAAAAUGUAGAUUGUUUAAAAUGAUUGAAAUGAUAAUGUACUCCUAUUACUGGCAUAACAACAUUCUGUAAUGCUCUACCCCACCUACAAAAAUCUGUUUAAUAUUUUUUUAGGAAUGAGUAUCAAAUGUUUGAAUGUGUUCUAAUAAAUCUAAUUUAGCUAACAAAAAAAAUUUGAAACUUUCAAAGAGAUCAGUUUAAUAGUAAAGGCAAUCUGAGACAUGGUACAUGUUAUUAAAAAAAAUUGUGUUAUUGUUGCUCUACAAACCUACACUAACAUAACCUAUACUACAGAUUGCAAAGUAUAAUAUUUUAAAAUAUUUUAUCAUGGACAGAUAGUUUAUAACUGUUUUAAAAGUAUAAUUUUGCCAUUGUAUGCAUACAUUUGUAAAUUCUCCUUCAUUUGUCAUUCAAAAUAUCUCCGUUAAAAUAUUACUAAAUCUAGGGCAAAAAAAAGUAUAAGCCUAUAAGAAGUAAGAAAUUAUUAAAAAUAUAUUAUUUCAUUUUAAAUGAUUCUGCAGUUGGAGAAUGAAAGAUCACAUGCAAAAUUACAAGAUGAAAUGUCUAAUAGAGAAGAGGUUAUGAGAAGGUAAGAAAGGUAAAAUUAUUUGUAACUAAAAUCCAUUUAAAUGCCAAUAAAUUAUUAAUUACCUUAUAAUUUAUAUUCUUUAUUUACACUUUUUGGGGAAUAUUUCAGUUGCUGUAUCUUAAUUAUUGCAUAAAUGAUAAUACUAAUAAAUUAGAUUGAAUUUUAAUUCAUAUGGAAAUAACAUUUUUAAACUAGUAUGCUUUUUUGAAUGUUAGUUUCCUUUACAAAAAGGUAUUUUUUCAUUAAAAUACAUUUAAAAAUCAUUAUAUUGCAUAUACUUUUAUGGAUAAUACAUUUUUAAGAUCAUUGUCCGUUUGAAAAUAACAUUUUUCAGUGUACAAACUACAAGAGAUCUGUGUAAUAUACUCAGAUGUGAAGCAUUAAAGCUGGAUGAUAAAUUAACAAAGUGUAAGAUAGUCAGUUUAACUCUAGAAAAUAAAACAAAGAUUUCAUGUGGCUCAUGAGUUAAUGUAUUUAAUCAUUUUGUUCACUUAUGAAAAGCUUUUUAAGGCUUUAUAUUUAUUUUUUAUACUUAAUAUAUACUGGCAUAUCUUUAUUUUUAUUUAAAGAUUAGAUACCCUAAGAAUGAUUACAAAAUGAUUGAAAAUUCUUUAUCAAAGCUCACAAAAAUUAAAAAUUCUUCAAAUAAAAGCCUUUCCUUAUUCUAUUUUACUGAACAUUAUUCUCCUGAGCUUAUUUCAUAUAUUUGUAAUCUCUUUACAUUUACUAGGUGAGGCUGAAAAAACUGAGUUGAAACUUAUUGAAAGUGAAUAUGUACAUCAUUAUGAGGUAAAUUACAUGUUAGAAGUUUCAUUGAGGUUUGAUUCAAAAGUAGAGAUAGAAUUUAAGUUAAAAUAAUUGAAACACACUUUUCUGCCAAGAGCUUUUGUUGGACAAUUACAAUGAGACAUGUUUUUUUAACAAAUAAAACUUAUCUUAUCUUUUGUUGUCUCAGUUGAAAAUAUCAAAUUGCUAAGUUACUUCACAAGGAAGAUAAUCAAAUAAGCAGAGGCAACCGUCAAGGUUUUAUUUGUUUGAGAACAACAUUGAGCCCAGCCAAAAUAGAGCAUGACCAAACAGCAUGAAAACGUGAUGUCACAACACAUCUAACAAAGUGGCAUGCAAAACAAUGCAUAAUCAACAUUUAGUAUUUUGUCAUUUUCCAAAAGUCUCUAGAAAAAUAACUAAAUAAUUAAUUUUAAUUUGAACAAUUUCUUGGUAUGCUCAUAAAUUAUAAGCCACCUUUUAUUUUUUUGUGUUGUAAUUUCAUUUAUCUUUAGGGUUGUCUGUAGGUACUUUGACAUUUGAUUUUAAAAUUACACUAACUCUAGUUUAUAGGCCUAUUUUUAAAUGAUUUUUUAUCUUUAGAUUCUAAAUGCUUUGUUUUCUUAUCAAAUUGUAAAACAAUAACAAUUUAAAAUUAUCUUUUUGUCAGGAACUAAAUGAAAAAUUUAACUGUUUAAAAAUAGCAGCAAAGGAGAAGGAAACAGAAAUACAGAACCUAGGUAUGAAAUACUUCCGUUGAUGUCAUUGCAAUUUUUAUGAAUGUUGAAAUCUAUUUAAACUAUGUAUUGAAUUGUUUUUAACAAAAAAUAAAAUUUCUUUAAUUUACAUGGUUCUGCUUAUAAAUACACUAAAACAAUUAAUUUCUUGCAUUAAAUUACUGACUACUUUGAAAAAUAAUGUGAAAUUUUACUAUUUUAUCAAAACAAUAAAGCCUUUAUGAAGUGGUGAAUUAAAAAAAAAUUAAUGUAAUUAACUUGUUUUGUACUUUUUAUUUAAAAGAAACAUAAUUGAAAGAAUAAUACAUAGAAAAAUCCAAAGCUAAGCAAUCAAACCGAUACAGAAAACAUCGGUGAAGAAAAACAAAAGAUAAUUUAAAAUUGCAUUAUAAAACAGAUAUAGAGUACUAAUGUGUAUAAUAAAGUAAAAUAAGAGUUUAAGAAAACAAAAUGAAUUAUAUUUAGAGCAAAAAUUAUCAUUUUUAUCAUUUAAAAAUAUGUGGUGUGGAGUGAGCAUGUGUUGGUUAAAAAGUAAGGUGAUUGAGAUUUGUCUAAAUGUUUAAAAAUCAAAUAUAAAUUUUAAUGAUAAAAAAAAAAAUAGUAUUUUUAUUUUUCCAUAUUUUCAAAGUAAAGGUUGAUCGGGAAAGUGCACUACAAAGAGAAAAGGAACUGACAAAAAAACUGAAAACCAGGGAAAAAGAGGUAUUUUAA